AUGGAAAAUGAGGUUCUCAGGGAGGUACUUGGGCUGCGAGGUUCCAUCAUCUUUGAAGGCUAUACAAAUCUGGGGCAUCCGCAGGAGAAUUCGCUGAGUGAAGAGGUGCCUCACAAACUCACACAGACUGAGAUGGCCACAGGACUGACCAAAGAGAUUCGUCCUGCUCAGGAUGUGAUUGACGGCUUGUUGCUGCAGUCACAACUCAGCUCUUCUCUUACGUGGUUCACAAAGAGGUGCAUUACGGUUAUGCCGUUGCAAUCUGGCAUUCGUGGUCGAACGCGAAGGGAAAGACCUGGGUCAGCUGCAAAGCCGCGAGGUGCCCCGGGAUGCAGGGAAGUCAGUGGCUCCCAGUGGAUGCCCAAUGUCAUUGAAACACCAGCCAUUAAGACCCGCCCCUACUGCUCUCAGCAAUGUCUUCUUGCGCUCAAGGAUGGUAGCCCUCUUGAUCCAUCGUGCCCCAACUACCAGGAUCACCAGAAGGGCCGAAUCCAGAUACACAGCUUCCGUUCUCGUUUCCAGAGGCAGCUUGCCAUGGAUCGUGGCCCAGAUGCUGACUGCUGUCCCCUCUACAAGGCAGGGAGCUGUGGGGCACUGUUCAAGGUGAGGCUCUCAUCACAUGGAUACACUGUGGUUCCCGAGGGUGUGGAAUACGGCCAAGACGAGAGAGAUGUCGUGUUUUGGAGUCGCGGGGGCCGUAGCUCUAUUAAACAGUAG